UGCUGUACGUGUAUGGUUAACAGAACUGUAGAGAUGAUAUGAUGGAUGAUAAUGUGCUUUCUGUGGUUCUAUCCCGCUGGGGAUUCGGCUGUCAUGCAGAUGCAUAUAGUAUGCAGAUCAAUUGUAGACCAUUCAUUACAAUCCUCUUUUGAUCCUGCGGUUCAAAAUUCAUCUCAUCCUUAACUUGUAACAUUCAAGCUGCGUUGCACUGUUACACUGUUCGUCCCGCAUUGUCACUUCUCCCUCCUCCUCCUCCUACAGUCGUGCAACCCUCUUCAUCAGUUAUCAAGAAGGAUCGAGAGAGAGAGAGAGAGAGAGAGAGAUCCGUUGUCGUCGCCGCGUGAAUCCAAUUGAAUCCGGUAAUUCUCACCCCUAAUUUUCAGGUGAUAUUCAGAGGCUUUGCGUCUUUGUUCCGUAGAAGUACAGAGAAGGUAUUUUGAUCCAUUUCAAUUCGAUCACUUAUCAAGAACGAUCCACAUGCAGAGGGAUAGAGAGAAGAGAGAGAGAGAGAGAGAGUGAGAGCUCAUACUCAGAAAAGGGGAUUCUCACCUCCUCAUCUCAGCACGAGCCAAAAGUCACAGACAACCCAUAUCUGGUUGUCUAUAAGCAGUGUAGAUAACCGCUUGUUCAUCUCAAAAGCUAUAUAUAUAGCUAGUUUGGGCGUCUUGUCUAUUCUGAUCACCAAUACAGAGGUAAUUUUGUUGUAAAGAAGCAAGAAUGGCGGACCUUGUGGCAGGGGGUGCUAUAGGAGUACCAUUUAUUGUGCUGUAUGAAGUCAUUAAAGAAGCGAUGGUCAAGAGUACGAUGUUUAAACCCCUGCUUGUGGAGCUGUAUUCGAUAAUGAACCAUUUGGAACCACUGGUGGAGGAGGUAGGUAAGUAUGGUAGAGAGUUAAAUCGUCGAGAGAAUGAGCUUAAAGACUUCAAAACACAAAUGGAGAAGGGCAUCGAGCUUAUUCACAAGUGCUCAAAUCCUAAUCGGUUGCAAAUCUACAAAAAGUAUAGAUACAGCAAAGAACUUCUUGAAUUAAAGAACUUUCUUCAGAAUCUGCUAUCUAUUCUGUCAGUGCAACAAGCAAGGGAUGUGAAGGAGAAGUACUUGGUUGCAAUGAAAGACGAGAUGAAUAUUAUGAAGGACUCCUUGGAUGAGCUCAGAAAUAUAGAGGUAAAGCACCAAACAGACUUUGAAGUACCUGAGCUUCCUGCGUUGACAGUUGGAUUUGAUCUGCCUCUCAGAGAAUUAAAGAAGAAGCUUCUUAAGAAUGAUAAAGUGUCAAUGCUUGUGCUCACUGCUCCAGGAGGAUGUGGAAAAACCACAUUGGCAACUAUGUUUUGUCAAGAUGAGCAAGUCAAAGAUAUAUUCAAGGACAAUAUCUUCUUUUUCACUGUUUCAAAGAUGUUGAACUUCAACCUCAUUGUACAACGACUACAGCAACGCAAUGCUACCGAAGUACCUACUUUCCAAGACGAAGCAACUGCCCUCAAGUGGCUGCAUAAAUUUCUGGAGGAAGGACAGACACCUAUGCUGUUGGUCCUGGAUGACGUUUGGCCGGAAUCAAGAUCUCUUCUUGAAAAGUUUGAUGAAGUGAAGGUGCCAAAUUUUAAGAUUUUGGUGACAUCAAGAUCACAUUUUCCAGGAUAUGGUUCUCUACAUCGUCUAAAUUAUUUAUUGGAUGAGGAAGAUGCAAUGAAUCUUUUUCGCCAUUCAGCCUCCCUGGGAGAUGAAAGCUCCAAUGUUCGAUGGAACAGUCUUGCUGCAAAGAUAGUAAAGCACUGUAAGGGACAUCCACUUGCCAUUAAAGUGGUUGGAAGAUCACUUCGUGGAAAAUCGUUUGAGUUCUGGCUUAAAAGUGCAGAGCAGUUGUCUCAAGGUGAUUCUGAAAUUGAAGUGCUUCUUGUGCUUCACCGUAGCUUGGAUGCUUUGGAUGAAAACGAAGCUCUCAUCAAGGAAUGUUUUGUAGACCUUGGUUCAUUUCCUGAAGACCAAAAAAUCCCAGUUGCUGCCCUCAUUGAUAUGUGGGCAGAGUUAUAUGAAGAGCUAGAUAAAGAUUUUUUGGCCUUGGAGAUUCUGCAAAAGCUUGCCACUCGAAGCCUGGCUGAUCUUGUAGUCAGUAGGAACGAGAAUGCGGAGGAUGAUGGCUACUACAGUGAACAUUUUGUGACCCAACAUGAUCUUCUUAGAGAGCUGGCUAUCUACCAAACAAAACUAGACCCAAAUAGAAAAAGACUGGAUGAUGGCUACUACAGUGAACAUUUUGUGACCCAACAUGAUCUUCUUAGAGAGCUGGCUAUCUACCAAACAAAACUAGACCCAAAUAGAAAAAGACUGUUUAUUGGAAGCAGCAGAGACAAUCUGCCCAAGUCCUUGACAGAACAGAAGCAUCGACCUAUCAAGCCUCGCCUAGUAUCUAUCUCUUCUGAUGGGAUGUUCUCAACAAUUUGGCAUAACAUUGAACUAGCUGAGGUUGAGGUUCUAGUUUUGAAUUUCAACAGAGAGAACUAUGCUUUGCCCGAAUUUGUGGAGAAAAUGGAGAACCUGAAGGUUCUAAUAGUCAGAAAUCAUGGUUCCUUGCCUGCUGAAUUGAGUAAUUUUCACCUACUGGAUUCUUUACCAAAUCUGAAGAGAAUCAGACUAGAGAACGUUUCAAUUCCUUCCAUAACCAAGCAUCCCAUACAGUUGAAGAGUCUAAAGAAGAUCUCUUUAUUCAUGUGUAGCAUUGGUCAAGCUUUCAGCAAUUGUUCCUUCCAAAUUUCAGAUGCAUUUCCAUAUUUAGAGGAAAUGAAUAUUGACUACAGCAAGGAUUUGUUGGAAUUGCCUGACGAGCUCUGCAAUCUGAUUUGGCUGAAAAAGCUCAGUAUCACAAACUGUCAUAAGCUAUCCGUCUUGCCUUAUGAGAUUGGAGGGCUGAUUAACUUAGAAGUUUUGAGGCUAAGGGCUUGUACAAACUUGGAAAUACUUCCAAGAUCUAUCAAACACCUGAAGAAGCUAAAUGUUCUUGACAUAGCUAACUGUGUCAGCAUUGUGGAGUUGUCUGAAGACAUUGGCGAACUAAGCAGUUUAAGAAAGAUCAACAUGAGACAGUGCUCUAGAUUGCAAGAGCUACCACUAUCAGUUUGGGAUCUUAAGCAACUAGAGAAAGUGAUAUGUGAUGAGGACGUACGAGGGUUGUGGGAACCCUUCCUACCCAGACUCCCCAACGUAAGGGUGGUGAUCAUGAAAGAAAAAUUUACCCUAGAUUGGCUCCAAAAUCCCACGGUACCUGUACGUCCAGCUGUUCCUGAACGCCCAACUAUUCCUGAACGCCAGGCUGUUCCUGAACGCCCACCAGUUCUUGAAGGUCCACCAGUUCCUGUUGGGUUGGAUUUGCCUUUAAAGGAUUUGAAGAAAUUUUUUCUUAAGGAAGGUAAGUCAAGGCUCGUGCUUAUUGCUAAUGGAGGACUGGGGAAAACUACGUUGGCGAGAAAGUUUUUUGAAGAUCAGGACGUCAAAGGUAUAUUCAAGAAGAAUAUGUUCUUUGUUGUUGCUUCAAGUAAGCCCAGUUUGGAAGCUAUUGUCCGAGAAUUAUAUCGACAAAAGCAAGAACAAGCAGUACCGAAGAAGAUUCGCGACUAUAAAGUUGCAGUUCAAUUGCUGGAAGACCUUCUAGAGGAAGCGGGAGAAGACCCUUUGCUGUUGGUACUGGAUGAUGUUUGGUCUCCCAAACUUCUUGAUCUAUUUAACAAUUUCAAAAUGCCAAAUUACAAGUUUCUGGUGACAUCAAGAUCUCAAUUUGAAAAUUUUGGUGAAACAUAUCCUUUAGAGCCUUUGAAUCGUGAACAUACAAUGGUACUUUUUCGUGAUUUAGCCCACUUGGGAGAGAAGAUUUCUCUUUUAGAAGAAGUUCAAGAAAAGAUUUGGAAGAUAUGCAAGGGCUAUCCACUUAUCAUUAAAGUAUUUGCAACAUCAAUUUGCAAACAGCCUAUGGAGAAUUGGCAAAAAUUUGUAAUGAAAAUGUCUGGAGCUUCUGUUUUGGAUUCUGAGACUGAAGUGCUCAUCUGCCUCCAAAGAAGCUUAGAUCCUCUGGAUAAAAUCACCAGGCAAUGUUUCAUGGACCUUGGUUCAUUCCCUGAAGACGAAAAAAUCUCUGCUGCUGCCCUUAUUGAUAUGUGGUCAGAGCUCUAUCCUGAGCUAAUUGAGGAUACUUGCAUUGAGAACCUCUACAAGCUGAGGAGCCGGAGUCUGGUUGAUCUUCAAGUCACAGGAAAGGAGAGGAUACAACGGGAUGGCUACUACACUGAACACUUUGUCAUCCAGCAUGACGUGCUUAGACAACUGGCGAUCUUCGAAGCGAGACUAGAACCAAUUGAACAGAGACAAAGACUGAAUAUUACAGACACAUCUAGCAAUCUACCCAUUGGCCAAGAAAAAGAAGAAGAACCAAAUUCAACUCUUCAGCCCAUCAAGACUCGCCUAUUAUCUAUCUCUUCUGAUGGUGUGUUCUCAACGAAAUGGAAUACUGUACAAUUACCAGAAAUUGAGGUGCUCCUUCUGAAUAUUAAGUCGAGUCGUAACUAUGCGUUACCUCAAUUUCUGGAGAGAACAUCCAGAUUAAAGGUUCUAAUAGUCACAAAGUAUGGUCGUGAUUCUGCUGAGUUGAGUAAUUUUCAACUACUGGGUUUGUUACCAAAUCUGAAGAGAAUCAGAUUAGAGACUAUUUUAACUCCUUCCAUAACCAAGAACCUCACUCAACUGAAGAGUCUUGAGAAGAUAACUUUGUCCUGGUGCGACGAUAUUGAUAAAGCUUUCAGCAGCUCUUCCAUCCAAAUUCCACAUGCAUUUCCGAAGCUAGUGGAAUUAAACAUCGACAAUUGCAACGAUUUAGUGAAAUUGCCUGCCGAACUCUGUGAUCUUGUUUCUCUAAAGAAACUCAGUGUUACCGAGUGUUAUAAUCUGGUUACCAUACCAGAAGCAAUUGGAAAGUUGGUCAAAUUAGAAUUGCUGAGGCUAAGACGCUGUACGGAGUUGCAACAGCUUCCAGAAUCGCUUCACAGCCUCCCAGAGCUGAACUUCCUUGACAUAGCUGAUUGCGUCAGCAUGAAGAAGUUGCCUCAGAACAUCGGAGCACUGAGCAGUUUAGAAAAGCUUGACAUGAGAAAAUGCUCUGGACUGGAAAAGCUUCCUUCAUCAGUUAUAAAUCUUCGUAAGUUACGGGAAGUGAUAUGCGAUGAAGAGAAAAAAAAGUUAUGGGGACGCUAUUUGGACUUUAUGGAAAACCUAAGGAAGGUGGGUCCAGUGGAGUUCUAAGUCGGAUCGGGGCUCAUGUUCUUCAGGUUGAUGAGGUUGUGUCUAUUUUGCCUUGCAUUCGAGUGUACGAUCGAUGUCCUUACCAAAAAAAAAAUGUAUAAGCUCGAUGUGUAACUUUUUUUUUCUUAUGUUGUAAUUUUGCUUUGUACGUUUUUGAGUUUGGUGAUUGUCUUUUUUUUUUUUUUUUGUAAUGUUAUAAACAAAUAACCUUGGAAUCUUGUGAAUUUUCAGGGAAUGCUUUAUCGUCAGAGAAUAUUCUUUUGUAAGCGCUUACCUAUUGAGCGUGAAUAUGAAGAAAUGUCAGUAAUCAAAGUGUCGAACAUGACAAAGUUUGAUGAUCA